GACAGAGAAACUUAACACCGUAUUUAUCUAUCAGGUAUUAUUUAACACCUGUUAGUUGACAGCGCCAUAGACGUCACACAGAGAUGAUAAUCCUAAUUACAGUAGUAUCUGUGCUGGUAACGUUGUGUUAUGGUCAGACAUGUGAGGAUGUGGAUUCUGCUAUCUGCCAGGACAUGUUCUCCCUUAAUCCGAACAUCUGCUCAAAUUCCUGCUACUCUUCGACACUCUGUCCACGUUUCUGUGGAAAAUGCCCAUUGAAGUGUUAUUCUUGCCAUGAGGUGGACACUCCAGAUGUUUGCUACACAACAACACAAUGUCCGUCAGCUGACCACUUUUGCAUUGUGACGCAGUCAUUCAAUGACGAUUUUAAGGACGUGUACAAACUCGGCUGUGCCUUAAAUUCUGUGUGCACAUCCCACUUUGGUCCUGGAAUAGGUAGAAGAGAUGGAAGUCUAUCGGAGCGGAGUGAGCUUCAGGGAUCAUGUUGUACUACAGAUCUAUGUAACGUAAACACGCGUAACGUUACAACACCAGUAGUUCCAAUAACGACCCAACAACCAACAAUACCGCCCACCACUGCGGAUCAGUUGUUAGUCUCUAUCUUCCCCGAUAUACCACGUGAUGUACCCGAUGAUACAGCUCAAUCAAACAUGACAACGACGUCAGCACCAACUGUGACAUCCGGUUUGUGUGAUGAUAUUGACACGGAUAUUUGUAACCGCCUGGAAACACAUUUCCCUGGCAUGUGUGCCAUUGACUGUAUUGCCAACGAAGUAUGUCCAAGAAAAUGCGGCAAGUGCAUGGGAUGCUACCAAUGCAGUCACGUGACCAGUCCGGAGUCUUGUACACACAAAACUGUCUGUAAAAAAGGAGAGCAAUGCUUUUCGGUGGAGACGAUUUCAGCAAAUUUUGAACAAGGAUUUAGGCUUGGAUGCAUGGAUGAGAGGCUCUGCUCGACUUUCGGUCAUGCUGCCCCAGGGAUUUUCGGAAAACGUCAAGGGUUCGAGUUGUCCCUUCAUGGUGGAUGCUGCAAAGGGGAGUUUUGUAAUCACCACACACUACUGCCGACCGCAAGUGUACCACCGACUACUAGUACUACAGCUGUACCGACUACAACACAACACACAGGCUGUUCACAUCAUUACUCGAGUUGUCCACAUGGCUGGCUUCACCAUCACAGUUCAUGCUACGCUAUCGGUACUCCGGCGAUGGACUGGAACAGUGCUAAGACUCAAUGUGAGAAAAAUUGCGGCGAGCUUGCUGAUUUCGACUCCGCAUCAGAUCUCCAUAGUGUAGCGCUGGACUUGGAACACCGCUUCUCUGUACUUAGCAGCUCCGGUCAUACCAAUGUUUGGGUAGAUGGGAAAUUGUCUCACUCUGUAUGGACAUGGUCUACCACCGGCCACACAGCUGACUCCUCUCUACAGCACAAUAACGGCUACCAUAACAGCUACUGCGGCUAUAUAUCCCUCUCAUCACACUCCCCCACCUAUUUGCACCCUCAAGCCUGCAGUGCCAGUUACCUACCGCUAUGUGAAAUAAAACAUGUGCACUAAUGAUAAAUAAAACUUUCCCAAAUGCAAUACAA